AUGGCUUUUGCAGGGAGCAUCCAAGAUCGCUUGCGUGGCCGGGACGAGGUGAAGAGAUAUAGAGGAUAUCCAGUCAAUGUCUCCGGCCACGUGGAGAAGCUGCAAGACUAUUCCCAUUCCUGCCAUCAUUUGGGAGAGAUCAAGGAGCAGCAAAGGCGCAUCGAGGCCUUGGAAGAGAAGCUCCGACGCUCGGACGAGGCCAAGCUCCAGAUGAAGACGGAGAUUGAUCUUCUCAAGGACCAGCUGCAGGAGAAGGAGUUCGUGCAGAAGCGCAAUGAAACGAUUAUCGAGUCCCAAAAGCAACUCGCUGUGGGCUAUGCUUGCCAUCGCACAGCUUCAAUUGGCACUGGGGAAUUCCCAACGAGCCGUCGAGAGCAUUUUCAAUGA